AUGCUCCGCAACCUCAGGCCUCUGCUCGCCAAGGCGCCCGCUGGGCGGCCGCUCCGCCCCCUCGCCGCCAGGUCGCUUGCCAGCCAGGCCGACCAGCCCAUCCCCGUCCGCGCUCGCACCAUUGAGGAGCUGCACAGCCUCCCCGCAGAGGAGAUCCUUGCCGAGGUCGACGGCCGCAAGAACGCAUCCAUGCGUCACUUCACCGUCAACUUUGGUCCCCAGCACCCUGCCGCGCACGGUGUGCUCCGUCUUAUCCUCGAGCUGAACGGAGAGGAGAUUCUCCGUGCCGACCCCCACAUCGGUCUCCUCCACCGUGGUACCGAGAAGCUCAUCGAGUACAAGAACUACACCCAGGCCCUGCCUUACUUUGACCGUCUCGACUACGUCUCCAUGAUGACCAACGAGCUUUCGUACACCCUCGCUGUUGAGAAGCUGCUCAACAUUGAGGUUCCCGACCGUGCCAAGUGGAUCCGUACGCUCAUGGGCGAGAUUACGCGUAUCCUCAACCACCUGAUGGCCGUGCUCACCCACGCCAUGGACGUCGGUGCGCUCACCCCAUUCCUGUGGGGUUUCGAGGAGCGUGAAAAGCUCAUGGAGUUUUACGAGCGUGUCUCGGGUGCGCGCAUGCACGCGGCGUACGUGCGUCCCGGUGGUGUCGCGUUUGACCUGCCCCACGGCCUGCUCGACGACAUUUUCAAGUGGGCGACCCAGUUCUCCACGCGCGUCGACGAGAUUGAGGAGGUCAUCACCGGAAACCGUAUCUGGAAGAACCGUACCGUCGGCGUCGGCAAGGUGACUGCCCAGCAGGCGCUCGACUAUUCGUUUACGGGUGUCAUGCUCCGUGGCUCGGGUAUCCCCUGGGACAUCCGCAAGGUCGCGCCGUACGACGCGUACGACCAGGUCGAGUUUGACGUGCCCGUGGGCAAGAACGGCGACUGCUACGACCGCUACCUCUGCCGCGUGCAAGAGUUCCGCGAGUCGCUGCGCAUCAUUGACCAGUGUCUCAACAAGAUGCCCACGGGAGCGUACAAGGUCGACGACCACAAGAUUGUGCCCCCGCCCCGCGCGUCCAUGAAGGAGUCGAUGGAGGCCCUCAUCCACCACUUCAAGCUCUUCUCCGAGGGCUACUCGGUGCCCCCCGGAGAGACCUACACCGCCAUCGAGGCCCCCAAGGGCGAGAUGGGCGUCUACCUCGUGUCGGACGGCACCAACCGUCCGUACAAGUGCAAGAUCCGUGCCCCCGGUUUCGCCCACUUGGCCGGUGCCGACUUUAUGAUGCGCAACGCCUUCCUCCCCGACGCCGUCGCCAUCAUCGGUACCAUGGACCUUGUGUUCGGCGAGGUUGACAGGUAG